AUAACCUCAAACUUUGACGUUUUCACAACAAAUCAAUAUACUAUAUUAUAAGGAUCAAAAUAUAAUCUAAAGGCUAAAAAUGGACGUUUCUGAUAAAUCUGACGCUCUAAUUGAUAAAAAAAUAAUAUACGCCGGGACCAAAGCAGUGGAUUUUAAGAACGGGACAAAGGUGCAUUUUCAUUUCGUCACUAAACUAUGCGACGGCAAAAAGACUGUACUGGAUGAUUCCAGAAAAAUGGGCAACAAAAAACCUAUGGAAUUAAUUUUAGGUAAAAAAUUUAAACUGGAGGUUUGGGAGGUUAUGGUGCAAAAAAUGGCUUUAAAUGAGGUGGCAUCGUUUACCGUGGAUAAAAGUUUGGUUAUUCAAUACCCGUUUGUAUCUAAAGCGUUGCGAGAUAUAAAUAAGCCUCCAGAAGAAAAACAUGUACACCAAUGUGCAAUGACUUUGCAAGCUCAGGGGGUGGGUUACGAUGACUUAAAUGACUUCUUAAAAAGGCCUACCAACUUGGAAUUUACACUAGAGUUGUUAAAAGUUGAACAGCCCGAAGAUUAUGAAAAAGAGACUUGGCAAAUGGAGGAAAAGGAAAGAGUGGAGGCUAUUCCUCUUUUCAGAGAAAAGGGUAAUGAGGAAUACAAAAAGAAAAAUUAUAAAAAGGCUGCAGAGUUGUAUGCUAAGGCUAUUGGUAUUUUGGAAAAUCUUAUGUUGAAUGAAAAACCGCAUGAUGUGGAAUGGAACAAAUUAAACAGCCAAAAAUUACCAAUUUUAUUAAAUUUUGCACAAUGUAAACUAAACGAAGGAGACUAUUACUCCGUCAUACAACAUUGCACUGAAGUCAUCAAAUUUGAUAAAGAUAAUGUUAAAGCCUAUUACAGAAGAGGCAAAGCCCAUGUCGGAGCCUGGAAUGUAAAAGAAGCCAGGGAAGAUUUUGAGGUUAUUUUAAAACUUGAUAAAACCCUGGAAAAAUUGGUCAAAAAAGAUUUGGAAGAACUUGAAAAACAAGUCAAAGUAAAGGACGAACAAGACAAACAAAAACUGAAAAACAUGUUUGGUUAAAGUUUCU